AUGAGUACAUACUUUUUCUACGAAAACGGACAAGGAAAGAUUUAUAAUGAACAAGGCAAAGAUGCUAUGGAAUGGGUUGAAGAAGUUGAUCCUUUUCAUUUAGAAACUUUAACAACAUUGCGAAAAUACCAACAGGCUCAGCCAUCUGAACAAGAAUGGAUGAGAGGCGAGCUGGAUGAGACAAUGAACGAAGUGGCUUUAAGAACAAAAGAAGAAGGCAACAAAAAAAAAGCGGAAAAAGCUAUAAAAUAUAUUCCCCUGACCAGAAGGCACCUUCACUUUCUAUCUCCAUUACAGACAAACACAGUUGCAUCGGGACUUCUUGUCUUGAUGACCGCCGUUGCUACAUUGGUAGGGCUUUGUAACAUGUUUGGACGGCUCUUCUGCGAACAAUCUCUGUGGGCUUGGUGGAAUCCCUAA